UGUAGUCCGCCAUAUAACCCACAGACGAAGAAGAAAAAGAAACGGUCACCAUGUAAUGACGUCACUUUCAUCCGCUUGUCAGUCCAAGAUGGCGGCGCUCGUUGGGCUUCGUGCAUGUUUCUCUGCCCUUCAGCUUUCCUCACCGGGUCUUCUGCACAGCUCCUAUAAACUGUGUGCAGUGCCAUUUACUCGGCGGAACUUUGCAGCAGAGGCCAAGGCCAAGAAAACAUACGCAAGAGACAAGCCCCAUGUGAACAUUGGUACGAUUGGCCAUGUUGACCAUGGCAAGACAACUCUAACGGCUGCCAUCACCAAAGUGCUGGCUGAGGCUGGAGGCGCCCGCUAUAAGAAGUAUGAGGACAUUGACAAUGCCCCUGAGGAGAAGGCCAGGGGCAUCACCAUCAAUGCAUCCCAUGUAGAGUACACCACAGCCAACAGACACUAUGCACACACAGACUGCCCGGGCCAUGCUGACUACGUCAAGAACAUGAUCACAGGCACGGCUCAGCUGGACGGCUGCAUCCUGGUGGUGGCGGCCACGGACGGACAGAUGCCCCAGACCAGGGAGCACCUCCUGCUGGCCCGGCAGAUCGGCGUGGAGCACGUGGUGGUGUUUGUGAACAAGGCGGAUGCGGUGGAGGACAAGGAGAUGCUGGAGCUGGUUGAGCUGGAGAUCAGAGAGCUGCUCACAGAGUUUGGCUACGACGGUGAGAACACGCCCGUCGUCAUCGGCUCGGCCCUCUGUGCCCUGGAGAACAAACAGCCUGACCUGGGGGUGAACGCAGUGCUGAAGCUCCUAGCAGUAGUGGAUGAAUACGUCCCUCUGCCCAAGAGAGAGCUGGAGAAACCCUUCCUGCUGCCCAUUGAGGGAGUCUACUCCAUCCCAGGUGACUGACAACUAGC